UGUCCGUAGUAAAAUUAAUAAAAAUAUAUAUUUAUUUUAUUACAAGUACAGUCGUAAAAUGAUAUGAAAAACCAUUAUUUGUAUCGGUUUUGAAUAACAUUGCAAUUCUUUAAAAAAUCCGGAAAACAUGGAUUGGUUACAUAAACAUCAAUAUUUGUUUUUAGGAGUCAUGCUCAGUAUAAAAAGUGUAAUGAGUUCCCCAACACGUAUCAGAAACUAUGACGUUGAUGAAUUUUGUGAUAAAUUACUUUCAUCUGACAAAUUCGAAAAAUUAAUAGAAAAAGUUGCAGACAAAGCAGUAGAAAGAAUUUCUGAAAUAAGAAAUGAUCAGCACUAUGAUUCUUCAGAAAGAGUUAAAAAAUCGCAUAGGGCUGUUAAAACAACACACACUAGAUAUAACGAAAAAGAUAAAGAAAUAGAAUCGAGUAAAGUAAAUAAGAUGACAAAUUUAGGCAGUUACUCCAUAGCUCCCUUAAGUGAUUUAAGUUUACAGUUUAAGAAAUUCACCAAAAAGGUAACCAUGCCAACAACAGAUAAGCCAAAAGAAGCCAGUGAAACUUUACCCAAGUCAAAAGAAUCAAGGGAAAUGACAAACACUAAAGACUUAAAAGAUAUAAGCAUAGGGUCAGAUAAGGAGUCAAAAGAAGGAAAGGAUAAAAGACAAUACUCUGAAGAAGAGGACUACCACCAUGCUGAACGAACAGACAAUAAGACUAACAAGAAAAAGAUUACCUUCAAAGAAAUCGAAAAACACACAACUGAAAAUGAAAAGAAGGAAAUAUAUAAAGAAGAAAUAAGUUCAGGUGAGUUCAAAUCUGACAGUGAUGAAAGCAUUGAAGCGACAACAAAACAGCUAGAAAAAAAUGAGCUGAAACGGGUGUCUAUCGUACAUGUUAAUUCUACUACCAAAGAUGAUGAAUUUCACAAGGAGCAUGAUAAGUUGAGUAAAGAAAAAAAAUAUAGUAAAGAAAAUGUUGUUUCCAAAUCGACUGAAAAGGGAACGGUGAAAGAAUCAAAAAAAGAGGAACCUAAAGUAAAAAAUGAACAAAAAGAAAAACAUUCAGAAGAACAUUCACAUGAAGUGACAGAGAAGCAUCCGGAUGAAGAAAAUAACGAUACUAAAAAGGACUCGACACACAUUUCCGAGGAGGAAUUACAAAAACCACAAAAACGGUCACGAGACGAUUAUAGAGAAGAAAGAUAUUCAGAUAAGCAUAAACCGAUUCUCAGAAGUGAAAAUGGUAGGGUUUACACGUACCAGAUUUCUUCAGAGUACGACGACUACCACGAGCAACUUCUUCAAAGCAAAAACUCAAAAAGAAAGUCGGCAUGGUAGCAAAAAUAGCAAUGAUUAUAUCUACCAGGUAGAGAUAGAAUAACAAGUUCUUAUUUUGUUAAUGCAGAUUUCGUAUCAAACCCUACUCUGUUUGUCGAAGUUCGGCGAGCAUGUUACUUAUUCAAAUUAAAUAGCGACAAAUUAUUCAUAAAUUUCUCAGA